AUGAACGCCGACGUGCUCAAGACGGGCCCCAAGGAGCUCGAGAACCCGGGCGUUGUCCUCCUCCUCGCCCAGACGCCCAACGCGGGCAAGGUCACGUACCUCACCGAGGAGCUCAAAGCUCUCGGCAAGCUCGACUCGUACACCGUGAUCCCGAUCUCCUUCGCCAAGAACGAGCAGAAGUCGGCGUGGUUUGAACAGCUUAAUGCAAACGGAAGGAUGCCUGCUCUUCUCGACAACCGGCCGACCAAGGGCCCGAUCCGCGUCUUCGAGUCCGUGUCCAUCCUCCUCUACCUCGCCAAGACGUACGACACGGACGGCGCCUUCUGGUUCAAGGACGACGACGACCUCCAGACCGAGCUCGUCUCGUGGUGCGCCUUUACGCAUGGCGGCGUGGGACCAAUGCAAGGUCAAUGUAAUUUCUUCUACAGAUACUCGCCAGAGAAGAUCCCGCUCGCCAUCAAGCGCUACCAGGACGAGACGAAGCGCCUGUACGGCGUGCUCGAGGCGCACCUCGCGGGCAAGCACGACGGGCAGGAGAAGGAGUGGCUCGUGGGCGGUAAGUACUCGAUCGCCGACAUGAACGCCCAGCCGUGGGUCCGCAUGGCCGUGUGGGCCGGCGUCGAGCUCGACGAGUUCCCGCGCCUGUCGGCUUGGGUCGACCGCAUCGAGCAGAGGCCGGCGACGCAGGAGGCGCUCAAGAUCCCCGAGCAGGACAAGCUCAGCCAGAUGAAGGCCGACCCCGAGGCGGCCGACCGCAUGGCCAAGGCGGCGAGCAAGUGGAUCAUGCAGGGCCAGGACAAGAAGGAGGACAAGUAG